UCAUCACAUAUUAUUGAAAAAAUAUUGAAAUGUGAUGUGUAAAUAAUUUGUAGUUGGCGAAGUUAUUGCUUAUUUUUUCCCCCUCAAUUAAUUAACUCUGCAAAAAAGAUCUGAGCUCAACCAUGAGUGAAGGCAUGAUCGUCUGCGUCGCCGUCGUCGGCCACCAGAAUAAUCCGUUGUACAUACAGAGUUUUACCAAGGGGGAUGAUUCGCUCAAGCUUCAUCACAUCGUGCAUUGUUCUCUCGACGUCGUUGAUGAAAGAGCGAACAACCCGAAAAAGUCUGGCCUUAUAACAAACGAGACAUUUCUUGGUUUGCUAAAUCCAACCGAAAACUACAAAGUGUAUGGUUACUUGACCAAUACCAAGGUGAAGUUCAUAUUGGUAUCAACUGAUCUUGAAGUCCGAGAUGUAGAUGCUAGAGUUUUCUUCGGGAGGUUCCACACUGCCUAUAUCGAUGCAGUUUCAAACCCGUUUCACAUCCCGGGGAAGAAAAUAACAUCCAGAAAGUUUGCUGAAAGAGUUAGCACAAUGGUCAAGUCCUUUGGGUUAAGUUCAGGUGGCUGAAUGAUUUAAAGCCCCUCUUCUGUUGACAAAUUCACACCUUGUAACUACUAAUACAUGUUGAUUUUUGAUUUGCAUCAGAUUUUUUUUUUAUCUUUUUAAAGUGUAGAACUUGCCGCAUCGUUGAACGUGGCAGCAUAAUCAGAAGCUGCGAGUUCAAAACUUGAAUCUUUAUUUAUUUCUUUCAGUUUUGAUGUA